AUGCAGACUAGAAUCAAGAAGGCGACUACGAAAGGGAUUGUCUUGAUAUUCGUACUACUUGGAACGAAUGCUCCAUCUGCUCAGGCCUGUGUUCAGCAGGUCGGCGGCGCCCGCACCUCCGUCCCUCGACGCAGAGCGGUGGCUGGCAGCGGCGCGACCAGCUCGAGUACUCAACGCCCCCGAGCUGCCGGGCCAGCGUCUUCUCAGGGAAUUCUAAAGUUCUACAGCGAAGACACACCCGGUCUGAAAUUGGGCCCGCAAACUGUUUUGAUCAUGACGCUCUGCUUCAUGGCUUCCGUCGUUCUCCUCCACAUUGUCGGCAAAUUCCGUCAAACGUACGGCGGCGAGAACUAA